GCUUUUGUCCCCACACACUCAGUACCUCAUUCAUGGCGCCCCUAACUCCCUAACCCCUUUUACUCUCUCUCUCUCUCUCUGUUUUUUUCUUCUCACAUAUCCCCAACCAUUUCUUUUAAUUCCUAGUCCAAGACUUUCUUGAACAGUCUCUACCCUUUUGUGUUCUUCAAUCUGUUGAUCAUUUUUGGUUGCCUCUUUCUUUUGGGUUGUUUUGAGCCACAGAGCAGGCAUGAGAGGUGGAAUGGUUCACGGUCUCACUAUCAAUCUUCUCAUUGUGCUUCUGUUGUUUCUCUGCCUCCAUGAAUCCUGUUGCAGCCCAUUGGAUUACUUCAAAAGUUCUGUCAUAAAGGACACAAGGACAGAUGCCCUUUCACCUCAGAUUUCCCCAAGUGCAGCUCCUCAGCCCCUUUAUCCUCUUCUUGCACCUUUACCGUUGACACCAUUUACAAAUAACACUGUCCCGAAGCUAUCAGGAAUGUGUAUGUUAAACUUUGCUGCUGUUGAAAGUAUGCUGAGCAUGACAUCAAUUGAUUGCGCAGCCACAUUUGCACCAUUUCUAGCUAAUGUAAUCUGUUGUCCACAGUUGGAAGCCACUUUAGUUGUUCUUAUUGGCCAAUCGAGCAAAGAUACCAAUAUGCUUGCUCUAAAUGGGACAUUAGCAAAGCACUGCCUGUCGGAUUUUGACCAACUUCUGGUGGGGCAGGGUGCUAGUGAUAUUCUGCAGCAGAUAUGCUCAAUCCGUCCUUCAAACCUCACUGCAGCUUCUUGCCCGGUCAAAGAUGUUAAUGAGUUUGAGAGCACAGUGGAUGGUUCAAUGCUUCUUGAAGCUUGCGAAAAGAUUGACGUCGUGAAUGAAUGUUGUAACCAAAUUUGUCAGAAUGCUAUAUCAGAAGCUGCUAGAAAGCUUGCAUUAAAAGCCUAUGAUCUUUUGAGUAUAGAUGGGUCUCCUGCAUUGUCUGACCACUCAGCUAGGGUUGAUGAUUGUAAAAUUAUUGUUCACAGAUGGUUGGCAAGUAAACUUGAUCCUUUGCGUGCAAAAGACGUUCUUAGAGGAGUUUCUAAUUGCAACGUCAACAAAGUUUGCCCUUUGGUUUUUCCCAACAUAAGUCAUGUCGCCAAGGGCUGUGGAAAUGGGAUAAGGAACCAGGCAGCAUGUUGUAAUGCGAUGGAAAGCUAUGUAUCUCACUUACAAAAGCAGAGCUUCAUAACUAACUUACAAGCUUUAAAUUGUGCUGCUUCACUUGGAAUGAAACUACAGAAAGCAAAUAUUACUGAAAAUGUUUAUUAUCUCUGUCGUAUUAGCCUAAAGGAUUUUUCCCUUCAAGCUCCCGUUGGAAUUCAAGAGUCUGGAUGCCUUUUGCCUAGUUUGCCAUCCGAUGCAACAUUUGACAAAUCUGCGGGAGUCACCGUCGUUUGUGAUUUGAAUGACAACAUUCCAGCUCCUUGGCCCUCUACUUUCCAAGGACCAGCUUCGUCAUGCAAUAAAACUGUCAAACUUCCUGCACUUCCUGCUGCUGCAUCUGGGCAAAGUGGUCUUUUCAAUGCAGAUAUAAUGUUUCAUCUUCUCUUUGCGGCGUCAAUGGUUUUCAUGAUUAUCCUUUAAAUUUCAGUAGAGCUAUUCGGAGA